UACAGAAUAGUAACUUGUUUGCAUUGUUGUGUAAUAUUAUUAUAAAAAAAAACUCAUAACCUUAGUUACAAUUACAAAUGUAUGUAUUCAUAUUACCUUAAAGGCACUUUGUAGUUGAUAAGACAUUUUUGAUAAUAAGUCUUCAUUUUUAAUCCAACGUUAUCGUAGCCGCAUAUUUUAAUUGUCUAUUCAAAUUAUUUUAGAAUUCGCAAUUUAAAAAAAUGAUCCCCAGAAUACUUUUUUGGAAUCUCAAUCUAACUAGAACAAAACAAAUUAGAUAUUUAUCAUGUUGGUCAUGUGGCAAUAGCAUUACUACCAUGGUCUCAAACCUUUUCUGUUCUAACUGCAAAGUCUUACAAAGGCCUGAUAAAUCAGAAAAUUACUUUAAGAUUCUUGGUGUUAAGGAAACAUAUGACUUGGAUGAAAAUGAAUUAUCAAAAAAAUAUAAGGAAUUACAAAAAUAUCUGCACCCAGACAAAUAUGCAAACAGAGGUGAGGAAGAACAAGAAAUAUCAGCACAGUAUUCAUCUUUAGUAAAUGACGCUUACAAUACUCUAUUACAGCCAUUAACUAGAGGUGUCUAUAUGUUGAGUUUAAGAGGAAAAGAGAUACCCGAAAAUACACAAUUAGACCAAGAAUUUCUAUUCAAAAUUAUGGAGAAGAAUGAAGAAGUAGAAAAUGCAGACACAGAGGAGGAAAUAAUGAAACUAAAUCAAGAAAAUAAGGAAGUCAUUAAAGACCUUCAAAAACAGCUAUCCAUAGCAUUCUUUGAUGGUGAUUUGAAAAGAGUUUUACAUUUGUUGAGUCACAUGAAAUACUACACAAGUAUUGAUAAUCAAAUACAAUCAGCAAUACGAAAUAAAGGCAUUAUUAGAUAAAUAUUAUAUUAUAAAUAUAAUAUCAUAAGAUAUUAUAAAUAUUGUUGAUGUUAUUAUUUUACGAAAUAAAUAAUAUAGUUGUUGAUUUCUUUUUCGUUUGUAGUGUGUUACUACAUUGUAAUAUUAUGAAGAGGUAAGUUUCAUUAUUUUCUCCGGAAUAAACCUAUAACUACGCAGACUGGAUAAUGAGCGAGUGACAAUGGAAGUUAAAAAUUACAAUGUUUAUUGUUACAGGAAAGACAUGGUAAUAUUUUAGAGAUAUAGGUCGGCUUUCAUUUCAAUGUUUUCAACUAUAACAGACAAUUGUUAGGCAAGACACUAAGCAAGGUUGCCAAAAUUAUAAUCAUUAUAUAAUAAGAAGUUUGUUUGUAAGAAUUAUAGAUCUUCAAAUUCAAUUCAACCAAAUCCAACUUCAGCUGUAGAAGUCCACAUCUCAUAGCAAAGACAAAUAAACGUAACCUUUAUGUAACGAUUUUAGUGGAGUGAACACAUUUCAAAAAUACGCGACAACCACUGGGAUGCUAUGAACAUACCUAUAAUAAAUUUAACCGCCGUCGCGAGACGCUCAUAGAAUUGACGGCUAUUGUAAUUAUUUAUUUAUCUAAUAAGAACGGCGAUGCCUCUUAAACUAACUAGAUAAUAUUAAAUGUAUACUUAAA